GAAACGCAAAAGAUUAAAAUUAUACCAACUCACUUUAAUUUAUGACUCAGUAGUAACUUCUUCCUUAUAAAUACAAAUUGUCCACAACUUCUCUGAGUUCCACUUCCAAGGAAACUCACAAACACACUUCAUGCCUUUGAAUGUCGCUUAUAAAGAUAUUAUAAAGGGAUAAUGAGAAUCAGCUGUAAUGGGUGUAGAGUCCUACGCAAGGGUUGCAACCAAGAUUGCACCAUAAGACCAUGUCUUCAAUGGAUCAAAUCCGCAGACUCCCAAGCCAAUGCCACACUCUUCCUUGCCAAGUUCUAUGGUCGAGCCGGUCUCCUUAACCUCAUCGAAUCUGGUCCUGACCAUCUUCGUCCCGCAAUAUUUAGGUCACUUUUGUACGAAGCGUGUGGACGGAUCGUGAACCCUGUGGAUGGUUCUGUGGGUCUGAUGUGGUCUGGAAACUGGGCCCAGUGCCAAGCAGCCGUUGAUGCCAUUCUCAACGGCUUACCCAUCACUCACACGCCUCUCCCCAGUGCAUCCUCGUCGCACCAGAUCAUUCCUCCUCACAGGACAUACGACAUACGCCACGUGGCGAAAGAUCCAACAACAGGAGGCGACAGUUCGGAGAGUCUGGCCCUUGCCCCACGUGUUAACGGUAACAAGGCGAAGACACAAACUGGCCGGUUAAAACGCCUAGCAGAGACCGUGGACUACCAACUAGGUGAAUGUAGUCACGACACGUGGCAGCUCCAGUGUUCUGGUGCAACGCAUGGCUAUGGUCAGUUGGCGUUGAAGAACGUGGCGAAUCGAAGGGAAGAUCCAUUAAACCAAAGCUCGAAUCUUGGGUGUGAUGAUCAAGUCGAUACCAACGAGGUUGGCUUAGAGCUCAGACUUGGUUAGAAGCUAAAAGGACAAAAAAAUGAGAGCAUAAUUAUUAUCGUAACUGUCGUUUUCAUUAAUAGUUUCACUUUCUGCUUACAAUGGGAAAAGUUCAAGAGACGCAAAUGAAACUUGAGCUACUCUGGCUUGUAUGUAUUUUAAUUUGAUAUUAAUGUAAAAUCAAUAUGUGAUA